ACCAGCCUCCCUCCGGCAGGAUGUUCAUCACCUACCCCCAGACCAAGACCUACUUCCCCCACUUUGACCUGCACCCCGGCUCUGAGCAGAUCCGCGGCCACGGCAAGAAGGUGGCAAAUGCCCUGGGCAACGCCGUGAAGAGCCUGGACAACCUCAGCCAGGCCUUGUCUGAGCUCAGCAACCUGCACGCCUACAACCUGCGUGUGGACCCCGUCAACUUCAAGCUGCUGUCGCAGUGCUUCCAGGUGGUGCUGGCCGUGCACAUGGGCAAGGACUACACCCCCGAGGUCCACGCCGCCUACGACAAGUUCUUGACAGCUGUGGCCGCCGUGCUGGCCGAGAAGUAAAGAUGAGGCAC